GAGUGGACAGCUCCUGCGCGCGCGCACGCACGCAUCAGCACUUCUCUCUCCAGCUCAAGUAUCACAGAUAAACGUCUGUGAGCGCAUAAACACACAGUGAGAAAUGGCUACAGAAACUUUCGACAAGCAGAAGACGAUUGAUCUGCGCAAGAAGCACGUUGGUCCGUCGUGUAAAGUGUUCUUCAGUCAUGACCCUAUCAAGAUCGUGCGAGCAAGAGGCCAGUACAUGUACAAUGAGAAAGAUGAAAGAUAUCUGGAUUGCAUCAACAAUGUUGCCCAUGUGGGUCAUUGCCAUCCGGAUGUGGUGGAAGCAGGAGCGAAACAAAUGCAGCUUCUCAACACCAACUCUCGCUUCCUGCACGACAACCUGGUGUUGUACGCUCGCCGUCUCCAAGCCACCCUCCCUGAAAAGCUUUCCGUCUGCUACUUUGUGAACUCGGGGUCAGAGGCAAAUGAUCUGGCACUGAGGUUGGCCUGGCAGUACACCGGCCACAAAGACAUCAUUACACUGGAGAAUGCUUAUCACGGUCACGUGUCAUCGCUCAUUGAUAUCAGUCCGUAUAAGUUUCAUCAGAUGGCCGGUGCCGAGCAGAGCCAGCAUGUGCACGUGGCUCUCAGUCCAGACAUCUAUAGAGGCAAAUAUCGUGAAGACCACCCGGAUCCUGCCACUGCCUAUGCUGAUAAUGUCAAAGGUAUUAUUGAAGAUGCCCACGGCCAGGGACGGACGAUUGCAGCUUUUAUCGCUGAGUCGCUGCAGAGUUGCGGAGGACAGGUCAUUCCUCCGGUCGGCUACUUCCAGAAAGUGGCACAGCAUGUGAGAAAAGCAGGAGGCGUUUUCAUUGCCGAUGAGGUUCAGGUGGGCUUUGGCAGGGUGGGUUCGCACUUCUGGGGCUUCCAACUGCAGGGAGAAGAUUUUGUACCGGAUAUCGUUACAAUGGGCAAACCCAUUGGAAACGGCCAUCCGAUGUCAUGCGUCAUCACCAGCAGAGAGAUCGCAGAGGGCUUCAUGUCAUCAGGAAUGGAAUACUUCAACACGUUUGGUGGUAACCCAGUAUCGUGUGCCAUCGGACUGGCUGUGCUGGAUGUCAUUGAGAAGGAGGACCUCCAAGGAAACGCCCUGAGAGCCGGAGGCUACCUGACUCGGCUUUUAGAAAAUCUCAAAGAAAGACAUCCUUUAGUGGGUGAUGUGAGGGGCCGUGGCCUUUUCGUUGGGGUGGAACUGGUGAGAGACCAGAAGAAGCGAACACCUGCUACAUCCGAAGCUCAGGAUGUUAUUUAUAGACUGAAAGAGCAACGGAUCUUGCUAAGCGCCGACGGUCCACACCGCAACGUUCUCAAGUUCAAACCUCCCAUGUGCUUCUCUGAAGAGGACGCUGAACUCGCUGUUGAGAAGAUCGACCGGAUUCUGUCGGACUUAGAAAGGGCACCGGACCUCUCCGUGCCUGAAUCGACCAUCUCAGAGAAUGGACAUUGUAAGAGAAAGGAAUCCGGUGAGGAAAACAGCCAUGUUCAUACUUCAAACGCCAGCAGCCAUAAGCAGACCAACACACAUCCACACAUCAACAAAAACAAGAGAAAAAGAACUUAACGCACCACCUGCAGAUACAACAUCUGAGAGCUUCUUUUAACCGCACACUAUUUAAUUGUGUCCUUGAUGAUUUGUAACAUUUUUCCAUGUUUUAAUGGAUCUGAAUGAGCAUUGUAAGUUUACCUUGCCAUAGAUAUUUUAGUUGGUGCCGGUCAGAGCUGCAUCUGUGGCUUUUAUGAUAUUUUAAAUGAUCUAAAUGAAAUAGAACUACCCAAUGUUAGCAAUAAAGACUUUUACACAUCUGCUUCAUUGAAAAUGACUAAUAAGGACACAUAACAUUAUGGUUAUUUCGCGUAUUUGUUGGCCAGUGACUUAAGCUGCUUGGUUAUAUAGACCAGUGGUUCUCAAACUUUUUCGUUGUAAGUCCCCCUUUGUGUUAAGUGCAUCGCUUUGUGGCCCCCCCAUAUAAAGACGUAUAAUCUUAAACUUAGUUUUUUAAUUAAACCAAAAACAUUCAGUUAUACAAUGCUGGAACCUCAAUUCUUUUGGUUGGUGGUGUCAUUUUUCUGAUGUUUGAUUGCAUAAAAUCUAUGAUAAAUUUCUAUAUUGCAUAAAAUGCCACAAAAUCUGUGGCCCCCCUGGAUCCAUCUUGGGGCCCCCCAGGGGGCCACGGCCCCCAGUUUGAGAACCACUGAUAUAGACGACAGGCCAUGAUUUAAACAUAACCAUAACAUGUUAGGUGUACCUUGAACACCACUUGUUUUGCAACAGGCUGUUCAAGUGUACACAUACCUGAGCAAACGCACAGUCAGCAUGUUCUAAUGGUGUCUGCCACAAAAAAAAGUACUAGAGAAUCACUCUCAUGUCUGAUAGUAAUGGGGUGGAAAAUGCCCUCCGGAUAAAAGGCAAGGUGGAAAAACAAGCUGACAUGGAAAAAAAAAAUAUUUAUUACAAUAUUCAUUUAAAAUCAAACAAAUGCCCUUUACUACUGAAAAAACUAAGAGAACAUUUUAAAAUUAUUUUCAGUUUUCUGAAUUUACUAUUUAUAGGUGUGUGUUUUGGUAAAUUGAUCUUUUUUCUCCCAAAUUUCAAAUAAAAACAUUGUUUCAAAAACAUUUAUUUGCAGAAAAUGAAAACUGGAGAAACAGGUGAAAAUAACACAAAAGACGCUCUGUAUUUUUCCCGACCUCAAAUGUAUUCUACAUGUAUUUAGGAAAAGUUCAAAAACUUGCAAGUUAAGACGAAAAAAAUGAGGGCCCGGUGGCAUAAGACUAGUCUUACAAGUUAGUCACCUAAUUUGUUUCUUCAAGACUGGUCAUAACUUCUUCAAGUCAGUUACAUAAAAAGGUAGAUUGGUUUUAUUAAAAUAAGAAAAGUAAGAAUGAUUAGUCCUAACUAAUCGCUGUCCGUGAGAAUAGCUGUUAAGACACAGUGCUAUGUUUAUGCAACGGCCCCUGGAUUUCUUUCAAUUCGCAUGCGUCUCGUCAUGCUGUCAGUGUUUCACAUUGCUGUCGGGUGACUUUAUGUCACUCCUGAGGUUUGAUUUAGUUGAAAUUCAACAGACACUGAACUGGAAUGACCCCAAUACAUCUGGAAAUGGUGAUUAAAUGAAAAAAAUGUUCUCUGUUUUCCACGGCUGUAUUAUUGGGUCUUAAUUAGGUUAACAAAAAGCUUUUGUAUAUUUUGUAUCUUACGAGUUCGUACUUGAAACUAAAAAAGGUGAGCUUUAGCAUAAGCACCAGCGGUUUUUUUUUUGUUCAAUGCAAACACAGUUUGAUGUGGUUGCUAGGCCCAGCUUGGCUCACCUCUUCAAUUUAUUUAAUUCUGCCCGCUAGUGUU